AUGCCUAUGGUUGACAAUUCGGCUCGUGAGCCGCUUCAUCUGAAGUUAGACCAGACUUCAAAGUUGGUCUUGACUAACCAUAAUUAUUCAUCUGCCACGGAACUGGGGCGGUACUGGAUUAUUGCUGGUCUGCUAGUGACAAUUAUUUUUGCAUCUGUUUAUUUAAAAGUAUCCUAUUUUAAAACGCCAAUAACUGCAUCGGAGGUAUCGGAGCUUCGAACUGCCUAUUCAGGUAGCUUUUGA